AUGCCUUGCCCCAUUACACUCACCAAGUUCAUUGGGACUGUGUCCCUAGGUCUGCUCACUGGCGUCUCUUACUCCACAGCAGCCAUCACCAUCCCAACCCUUAGGGCCUUACCCACAGCUUCACACGCCGCUCGUGCCUUAAAAGAUGUCAAGCGACGCUCGCGCAAACACGUCUUCCGGUUGUCAAAUAUAUCAAGCGCAUGUCUGUUCUUCGCAUGGUUCGUCGCUUCGAGACGGAAGAAGCAUCCUUAUCUGAUUUGGGUAUCCUUGACAUCCGCCAUCAGCUCUUGGGGCGUCGAUUUUUGGUACAACAGAGAAUUGGGCUUGGGCGGCUGGCUGCGCAGCGUCGUGGAAGACAUCGACUUCCCGUAUCUUGCCGUCAAGAGAUCGUCUUCAGGUGCAUCGUCUCCUUCGUCAAAGAAAGACGAAGACUUGGUAGUUGUUGAGGCAGACUUCAACGGAGAAACCGUGGAACGUGACAUGGCACGUGAGCAAUCACACCAGAUGGUUCGCUCCUGGCUGUCCGGCGCUGCGUUGUCAAUGGCGAUCGUAGGACUCUGGGGAGAUGGUGCGUAA